AUGAAGUACUCUCUGCGGAUCCUUGCUCUAGCAGCUCUCCUGGUACAGUUGUGCACUCGGGCGGAAGCGGAAUGCCCGAGCAUGGAGGCUGUUUCCAGUGACUGCCCCUUCACGACCUUCCCGACUUUAACGACCUGUACGCCCAGUGAGUGCGCCGACCAAGGGAAGGAAUGCUGCCCUAAACCCUGCGGUGGAUCCUGGUGUGUGGAUGGUGUUGACGAUCAUUUCCUUCAAUCUGCUCCGGUGUGUCCCUCUCCUGUCCUGCCUGAGGGCGGAUGCAAGGACAACACUGGAAGCAUCACGUGCUCUAACGUCCGGUGCCCCGGUGUCCCUUGCUGCACGGAUGCAUGCGGGAAACCGUACUGCCUGAAUCCACCCGGUUGGACCGUCUCCAUCUAG